CAAAGCCAAAGCCGAUCAGCUUGAGUGUUUUAUGGUCCCGAAGUGGCAGCUACAGCCCUAGCAUACAACUAACAAGCACAACAACGGCUUAGGGCAACAGGAAGUAUUAGCACGAGCCAAGGAAACAAAGCAAUCUAUAAAGAUGGCCGGCGGGGGCAGGACAGCCGGCAAAUACGGAUAUUCGGACAACAAUUAUUACAGUGGUCACUCGUACAAGAGCAUCAACGAUGAGAUUAUACUGGUCAGCAUCAUAAUGGGUAUCACCAUACUGGUCCUCAUCACCAUCGCCCUGUGCUACAUUGCGUAUGAGAAGUGCCAGAAGAAGCGGGAGUACUAUAUCAACGCCUAG